GUUUGGGAGUUUAUUGAUUUCAAACAGCUUUAGUAAUUUAGUACUCGCUAUAGUGCUCGAAUUGUUAACGUAAAACGUUGUUACUGUUAAGACGUUCGCUACAUCAUGUCUAGUGAAAAUAAAGAACAAAAAUAUUCCACAGGAAUACACGAAGUAUACGAAGAACAUAAUGAAAACGAGGAGAUAAAUUUACAGAACGACCAAAAGAACUGUGCAAAAAAUCCUGGCCAUACAAGUUUAGUACCGAUAAAUGAGUUAACAGCGGAACAUUUUCCAGUGGGUUACCAAGACGAAGACCUUUUAGUCUUAACAAAAGGAAUAGCCGACCUGACGGUUAGGAUACAUGUUGGAUCCACCAAAACAACAGGAACUGGGAUUGUGGGGCAGAUAAAAAAAUUCGAUGAGGGGGAUAAAUGCCGCAACACUUGUCCAUGUCCUGCUUGUGUUACUUCAGCUACACCCAACAAAGUAUGGUGGAGAGUUCAUGUAUUAACAGCCACUCAUCUGGUUUUUGAUACGAAAACAGCUAGUAGUUCAAGCUGUAGAUUAUGGUUUGAUGAAGAAGGUAGUAAGUUAUUUAUAAUAUUGGGGUGGAAGUUGGGUGGUUCACAUACUAAAGGAGACGUUAGUGAGUUGUAUUGUGCAACACAUGACUCAGAAAUAGGUGACAAGCUAGAAGAGAUGUUGAGGCAGGUCAAAAUUCUAUAUCAGACAGUAACUGAUAAGUACAAGAGUGUUAGAGAUAAGGACAAACUGACUAUUAUAGUGUCACAUCCCCAUGGCUGUUCGAAGCAGGUCUCUGUUGGUAGUUGGGUACACAGAGACGUAUUCAACCAUGAGAUGGGGACACAAACAAGAUACUUUUACGAUACAUGCACCUGUCAAGGUAGCAGUGGAGCUUCUGUCUACAGACUGGGGUAUGACUGGCCUGCUCAUCCCCACAGUGGAGUUAACAAUAGUGGAUUAAAUUAUAGUGCUUCUGGGGUGUGGGACUUGCACAUGUAGGAUAACUAAGAUAGUAGCUUAUCGGAAUAGAUUAAUGCAUAAUAAUUACAGGGGAUUGAAUCAAUAUUUUUUUUUUCAUAUAUGGUUUAUUUUUGUUUCUAUAUUUUUGUUUCUUUUCUCGAUAAUACGUGUUAUUCUAAUUUAAUUUGUUUUCUCUCUCAGUUGUAUACAAUUACUUAUUAUGAAAUACACGUCAUGCAAAUAAAUGAUAAUCAGGGUGAAUUCUAGUUAUCAAUUAUUGUUUAGUAAUGAUGCUCAUCCAUUAUACUAGCCAUCGGUACCCGUUUCACGUGAAUUAUAGGCCUAUAUAUUUUAAAAUGUACUUGUUUGAGAAAAAUAAUUCAUGAAAUAGUUAUUGGUCAAAACGCAAUGUGCUUUACUAUACGCUGAACAAUAUUUGUGACAAAGCAAAGAAAUAACUAAUUAGCUAAAAAUCCGACACAUUUAACAACAUAGGCACACACUGACUAAGUGACUUAUAUGAUUCCGUUAAAAAUCUGGCUAUUCAAUUGUCAUUAUCUUUUUUUAAGUAAUUUGUAUUAGUUUUACCGAUAAAAUUGUAUAUAUUUCAUAGCGUACGUCUUGAUGUGUAGAUCUAUAGAUUUAGAUCUAAAUCAAAUUUGAAUGAAGUAGUUCCUUUCGUUAGUCUAAAAUCGGAAGAUUCACAUAUAAAAAAAUAAAAAAACCAAGUUUGACUAGGUGUGUCUCGAUCCCGCACCACCUGCGUAGACUUAAGUCCACUAUCAUCUCUGCUAUUUAGGCACCUUUUCAAACUCGGAGAAUGAAAGACUUAUUUUAAAAAAACUUAAAAUUACGCGAAUAUGCCUAUUCUUUCAAAUAAUUUUUUUUAUCUCAAAUUAGCCAGUUCCAAAUAAAGAUUUUGUAUAAAAUAAUUAAGUCUUGAAAUAUUUUAGGCCUAAUAUAGAAAUUUAUUUUUGGAAUAGAUUCUAGAGUAGAUAGAGUCUAAAUCUAGAUCUUAGCGACUUAUUAGCGUCUACGUCUAGUUUUUGCGUAGAUUUAGAUCUAGUCUAGCUAGAUCUAGAAUCUCUAGAUCUAGAAUCCAAAUAGAUAAAAUAAAUUUUAUAAGUUUACGCCGGAAAAAAUGUAUUGUAUACAUUUCAUAGUAUACGUAGAUCUAAAUCAAAUUUGAAUGAAAUAGUUCUUUUUAUUUUAUUCUAAACACGGCAGAUGACGUCAUUAGUUAAUGUAUAAACAUUAGUGACGUCACAGUUUUAUGCGUUCAUUUUCACAAAUAUAAAUGCUUUUCCUGUUGCAUAAUUAAAACUGUUUUUCU